AUGCGCGCCUUGAUGCUCGUCGAGCGCGUCAAGAGCUUCACCCAGCCCGACCUCGCUUCGUGCUUUGAGGUGCUCGUCAAGGUCGCUUGCAGCCCCAUCAACCCGUCCAACCUCUCACAGCUCCAAGGUCUGUACGAUAACUUUGGUCAGAUGCCGCUCCCGCAGGUCACGGGCGGCGAGGGCUCUGGCACCGUCGUCGCGGCCGGUGACAGCGCCUACGCCCAGUCGCUCAUCGGCAAGCGCGUCGGCACGGUCGCCAACCCCGCUGGCAUGUGGGCCGAGUACGUUGCUGUCUCGGCCGCCUCGUGCAUCCCGCUGACGCCCGAGACGACGUUCGAAGAUGGCGCGUCGUGCUUUGUGAACCCGCUCACGGUCGUCGCGUUUGUCGAGACGGCCCUCGCCAAGAACGUCAAGACCAUCGUGCACACGGCCGGUGCCUCGGCCCUCGGCAAGAUGCUCGUGCGCCACGCCAAGGAGCACGGCGUCAACGUUAUCGCCGUCGUCCGUCGCCAGGAACAGGCCGACACGCUCAAGGACAUUGGCGCCGAGUACAUUGUCGACACGUCCAACGCCGACUGGGUCGCGCAGCUCGAGAAGCUCGCGACGGAGCUCGGCGCCACGAUCGGAUUUGACGCUGUGGGCGGUGCGACGUCGGGCGCAGUGCUCUCGGCCAUGCCGGCCAACUCGGAGCUCUUCGUGUAUGGUGCUCUCUCGGGCGAAGGCGUCAAGGGCGUGAGCCCGCGCGACUUGAUUUUCCUCAACAAGAAGGUGUCGGGCUUCUGGCUCGUCACGUACCUCGGCCAGCGCGGCGCCGGCAUGGUUGAGAUGGUCGGCAAGGUCGCGAACGCGCUCACCAGCACGUUCCAGACCAAGAUUCGUGUCUCGUACCCGCUCGAGGAGGCUGCGGCGGCGUUCCAGGACUACUCGGCCAACAUGAGCAACGACAAGGUUGCGUUCAAGCCUUUCAACUAG